AUGAAAUCGUCAAUCACCACAGCAGCAGCACAACGAUGCCCGGUAGAGCCAGCUACCAUCCGGGCAAGCCCUGGCAAGCUGUGGACGAACAAGGCCUCGUUGAAAGAUGUUCCUCCAGGAUGGUAUUGGAUAAUAUUUUGUGUCUCUUUUGAUGGUCUUGACUUGGACCAGAUUACCACCAUGCUCUUUGAUGCCGAGCGGGGCGAUGCCUUGAACAAUAUGGGAACACUUAUCGAGGUGACGGGAAAGGAGGAAUACUUGCAUCUCUGUGUUGCCGCCAAAUGUCGUUCAACUUUUCAGCCCAGUGAGAUCCCACUGUUCAAGCUUCACUAUGUCGAACUUGGGACCAGUAGCUUUCGAUCCGCGGCUGGAGAGGAAGACUACGUCCUCUAUGGAUUUGGAAACCCGGACCAGGUCAUCACUGUCGACCGUGGCCCCAGUUCGCCCGAGAGGCCGACAGCUACAAAGAUCCGGACGUUUGGCAUCUCUGACAAGGGCGAGUUUGCUGUCACGCUUCAUUUGAGAGAAAGCGACACCAGUCCAGGAUCGCCUACUACAUCAAACACGGGCGCAACGAUCAUUACUGUCGACACCGCAACAUCAACAGCCACACUCGAUAAUCCUCCAUCCAGUACUGUUCCCACGAUCGACGACAGACGUCCAAGAGUCCAUGCAGUCAUUUCGGUGUGGGAUAUUCGCUCAUCAAACGACUCCAUCGAUGUCGACGUGAAGGCUUGUCCUGAUUGGGGUCCGCUGCAGUAUUCACGGCCGUGUGCGGAGACCGAAAAUGUGUUACCUGACAUGCUCGCUUCACCUGAGGCCUGGAAAAGGUUUCACGCAUGCAUCAGCAUCUCCACAAAAGGAACAAAGGUGACUCUCUGCGGAAUCGAAACCACCUACGGCGUACUUCCCUUUGUUGUGUACGACUGCAAUCCGCCAGCUUAUCCGGACCAAGUUCAUGGGCCCAGAACCCUCACCCAAGGGUCGACAUGCAAGGAGCUGGUAUCUUUUUCGGGACAUUGUGUCUUUCAUCGGAUUGACCCCGACCAGUUCGACCACCUCGACGACAACGAGAACGAGAGAUUCAUCACCUUCAAUGGAUCGGUCUUUGAGGUCUACAGCACUAAAUCCUCGGGAUGGAAUCAGUUACACAGGAUCACACUUUCCCUGGAUCUCAGUUUGAGUCGACCACACUUCUAUGUGUUUGUUCAGAGUUUGAGAGGCCGGUACUUUGCAUGGACUGGAGUUCCUGGUGUAGUGUCUAUCUGGAAUAUUGAGAAGGCCAAGCUCGUCAAAAACAUUUACGUGGAUAUCGAUACAAGCCCGAUCCACGCGGUACUAUCUCCUGACGGAAGUAAGGUUGCCAUCUCACUGAAAGGAUCCGUCCAGAUCUACCAGUCCACGACCGGGAUACUGCUAGGUACCCAUACCAAGAGCGUUUUGUCAGACAACAACUCUGAAGUAGUGCUAGGGAACGAGUACUUUGUGGUGAAGGAUAAAUCCCAUGCGUUUCCGGGUGGACCCGUCGAUGUCCGGUCGAUUAUCAGGAUCCAGGACAUGAAAGUCGUUUAUCCGGAACUCCCCUUUCACCCGGACUAUCACUUGAUGUACCCUCUCCCGUCCACGACCACCAUUGCAGCCUACAAGCAGGGAUCAGUGCUGAACAUCAAGAGGAUGACAGCCAUAGAGUCGCCCAGUCUACCGCAUUCUUGCAGUAAUACCCCAUGCGAGCUGAAGGAAGUCCCAAUCGACGAUUUUAUCGACAAAAAAAUAUUCACCUACGCUGAAGGUGUCUUUGAGGUAAAAUGCUUCCAGGAAUAUCUUAACGGAUGUAUGAACAUGAUGCUCAAGGUUACCGUCAGAGAAAGCUUAAACGAUUCCCCAGCCACGGUUCCCAAGUCAAUGGUCCUCCCUCUCGGCGAUACCACAGCCGGCUUCCGUGGGCAUUAUCUGCCUAAGCCUUCAAAACUCGUCGUCUUUGCGGAAGGGUACAUGAAGGUCUGGAGCCUCUCCUCGACCGCUGCACAUGUCUGCCAGCUCGACUACGUCUGGGGAUCUCUGCCAUACCAGCCUGAAAAUGCAAAGUCCUACUGUUACCGUCCGUUGCUUAAAGCUUGGUCCUGUCGACAUGGAGCUAGCAUGAAAUAUCGUCUUGGAAAGCCUGUUUGGUAUGAACACAACGUCGCCAAGGGCAACACUGAAUCGACAAAGCGCGACAUCCUCACAGUCCCCCCCAACCGGGAUGUUGAAUCAGUCACGACUUCGGAAGGACAGCGGCUCGAAUACGGGAUCUUCAGCCUCAUCGACAUUUACGGAUACAAAGACCCAAGCUGCAAGCAGGACAUCAUUCGCUAUCUCUUGACGUGUAUACGACCCUCGACCAUCAACCCAACCUCCUGUCUUGUUCCGCUCUGCCAGGCAUGGUCUCUGAAGAAUCAAGCCUGCAUCCUUGCAAUUGUGCAAGAGAUCCUUCCAGAGACGAUGGUGACCUGGAUUCCCGACAGCACAGCUACUGAGACCACCGACCCUUUGGCGAUCCUGAUGAAAAUUGCCAAGAAGGAGCGGUCCGUCAUUAAAGUUGUUCGAGUGGUGAUAGGCUAUUGUGUUGCACAAGCGACCCGAUUCAACAACAUGGCCUUUUUGCACCCCCUGUUUGGAAGUAUGCGUGAGAUUAUCAAGUAUUACCCCGAGGACGCUCUCAAGUACAUGGGCCGCAUCGCCUUCUUCCGCGUCAAGUAUCCGUCCUACCUGUGGGAGAACCACAUCCCCAGUCAAAAGCUAACUCCGUUUCGGUUCUCAUUAUUCAAGUCCAUUCGUCGCAUCGGGAUGUCAGAGCUGGAGAUCAAGCGUGGCGCUCGUUUGGAGUCAAUCAUGCAGUUCAAGUACAACAUGGAGACGAAGGACUGCGAGGGCGGGGACGGGUCUGGGGAUCCGGUCUUUAUGGCGUCGUUCGAUGCGCUUUGGUACAACAAGAGCAGAGAUGUCGACAGAGAGAAGGAUCGGAUAUGUGCAUCCAAAGGCCGUCGGCGAGGUAGAAGCGGAGAGCAAGGUGCAAACGGAAGCGGGAGCGUAGGCGGGGUUAGUGAUGCACAACUCACCCCUCACAACAGUAUGGCCGCCUCUGAUAUGUUUGGCGAGCCAUUGACGUCUGAGGAGACGACAAUGUGGAAGGCCCUUCUUCAGAUGAUUCAACUCAAGCUCCUAUUCCGCGCCCCUCCAGUUGUGGAGUGCUACAAAUUUGAACUCGAGCUCUUUGACAAUCCCGCCAUCGCUGCUCUGGUCUCCUACAAGUGGGAUACGAUCGGAUACCCUUAUUGGUUUGUGCGGUUCUUUUGCCAAUUUGUCUACUAUGUGUUGGUCGUCACAGCGGCGCUCACUCAAGUAUACAACCCGCGACCAAGUAGGCUGUACGGGGUUUUUAUCGCGGUCAUCGCCAUGGCUGUCAUCUUUAUCACGCUGGAGAUCAUGCAAGCAAUCCAAGACUGGAAACGAUAUCUCAGAUCUCAUUACAACAUUGUGGACGUGGCGGCUUUUGGAAUCCCCUUGGUCGCGAGCAUUCAACAACUUGUCUUGAUUUGCGAUCAGAAAGAGUCAAGCAACAACCGUGCUCUGAGUUUUUCUGUUUUGGUUGUAUUUUUCCACAUGCUGAUUGAGUUGAGGAUUAGCAAGGGCGUCUGCAAAUACGUGACAAUCAUCCAACAGGCCGUGGUCGAAAUCUGGAUCUUCUUCAUGAUCUUUGCAGGAUGUAUUGUCGCAUUCACGAUCACACUUCUCCAUCUCAGGAUGAACUCGAUAGAGGAUUGGCCUUUCCAUUUGGCUAUGUUUAUUUUCUUGUUCUCGACUACUAUCCUCAUGCUCAAUGUCUUGAUCGCACUGAUCAAUGUGGCAUUCGCAAAGGGAGACGACAGCUGGCGGUUGGCAUGGAUCGAAGCUCGGCUACGAUAUAUCGAGUCGGCCGAGAACCUGUCGUACCAUAUCCCAGGAUUCCGUCAAACCUUUGACUGCUUCCCUAAACUGAUCUACUUCACUACCACCGCCAAGGAUUUCAACGCCUACAUCAAAAAGUAUCCCAAGGACCAACGGCAGGACGAUAUUGAGUCGUUGAUUGAUGAGUGGGUCAAGCCCGAGAGAGAUCUCCAUGGUGAUCAGGACGGUAGCGAUGAAGAGAAGGAUAAGGAUGUGAGAAAGAUGCCUGAUGCUAGCCCGAAGGUCGAACAUCUUCCUCUCAACAGCUACGAUAGCAGGACGAGUGCUAGCACUUCCUACUGGCCGCCCAAUUCUGGAACCCAAGAAAGUGAUAGCGGUGCCGGUGUCGGCGUCGGCAGCGGUGUUAGUGGCCACCUGCGACAGUAUGACAGUAGCAGUGGAGGCAGCGAUGAGGGGAAAGGUUACGACUAUAAUCAACAGCAGAACUCAUCGAUCACGUCUCCACUUUACAAGCCCAGCAACCCAGGACCAUCCUCCUCAUCACAACCAACACGACCAGCGGCAGUAGUGGUUCCGACCUUGGUGGUGGCGACGGAAGAGAGAGUGAAUGAUACAGAGGCAAUGAUGGGUCCGGAGGUCUUGUCGGCGACAGUGCGUAGUUUGGACCGUCGGAUGAAUAGUCUUUCUGAGCAGGCGGGUCGUAUCGAGGAGGCUUUGAUGGCACUGUUAAGUCCUCGGUCCGACAACUUUACUGCUGUUGGCGUUGGAUCUUCGUCGUCGCUGUCGUCACCUUUGUAG